GGUCCGUGGGGUGACCAUGAAGAAUGGACAGAGAAAUUUCGCAGAGUGAUUACUGAGCGUCUUGGCAUGUCAUCAGGGUAAGAAAGAUCACUAUGAUGACCAGGACCUUAUUAAACAGCAUGAGCAUAAAAAUAUUAAAGGUUUUUUGGCAGAAGGAAAUUUCGAGUUUCAGACCCAACGUGGAGUCGAACCUACGAUUCCGGUGCAGCGCUCUAACCAACUGAGCUACAUAGGCCAGUUAUCGAGCACUAACUACAAGUUCAUCUAUUCAUACUAUUUAAAAUGAAAAUUAAAGCCCAGCAAAUGACUUUCAGACAAGACAUAACAAAAUAUAAAAUUUAUUGGCUCUCAACGUUUCGUUGUAUUGUUCACAACAUCUUCAGAGCAAUUAAACUUAUUUACAAGCGUGUAUUAUAUAUAUACAAAUAGUUUCAAACGGUUACAGUAUUCAAAUAAGCGAAUAAGAGGAAGGAUGAAAAACAACCUGUCAUCAAAAGCAAUAGUAUUAGUAAAUUAAAGAAAUAAUGGUUAGUAAUUAGAGACCUAGCAAAGCAUUAGAAAAGGUCAUUGAGGAGUUGACCUAAUGUUAGCAUUUAAAGUAGGAUUAAGCUUGGAUGUGAAAAGGCUUUCGCGAAUGAGUAAAUCUGCUUCAGAACUAGCAGUGGAAAGGAUUUUAAAUUCAGAGGGUGAAAUUUGAUGUUUAGUGGUAUGGAUAUGAGCGAGUAUGCCUGACAUGGUUGAAACAGAACGUUUCUUUCCAGUCAAAGGUGAAACACCCAUGUGUUCACCUAUGCAGAUUUACUCAUUCGCGAAAGCCUUUUCAUAUCCAAGCUUAAUCCUACUUUAAAUGCUAACAUUUAUAGGUCAACUCCUCUUGACCUUUUCUAAUGCUUUGCUAGGUCUCUAAUUACUAACCAUUAUUUCUUUAAUUUACUAAUACUAUUACUUUUAAUGACAGGUAGUUUUUCAUCCUUCCUCUUAUUCGCUUAUUUGAAUACUGUAACCGUUUGAAACUAUUUGUAUAUAUAUAUAAUACACGCUUGUAAAUAAGUUUAAUUGCUCUGAAGAUGUUGUGAAUACAACGAAACGUUAGUCAAUAAAUUUUAUAUUUUGUUAUGUCUUGUCUGAAAGUCAUUUGCUGAGCUUUAAUUUUCAUUUUUAAAUUACGCUUUCCACCCGGUGUAUCAAUCGCUACUAUUCAUACUAUAUGAAUACUCACAUCAAUAGACUUGAUCUUAUUUUUAAACUUUAUUUCUAGUGAACCAUAUCAUGACAUCCGCUAUAAUCUGAUCGCCAUCGUGGCUGACAAGAGACCAGAAUGCGAAAAAAAGUUGAAAACACUCAAAGAGAAAAGGUGGGUCAAUUGUUCUGACAAAAGUGAAGUUUUAAGUUUCAACGAGAAUCAUGAAAUAACGGUUCAGUUUAUCACAAGCGUUUUCUCGUUUUCUUUGCAGGAAAAUUGUGUUGGACACUCUAAAUAAGGUAUGGUAUAUAUGAACGCCAAAAUCCAGAUGCACUUCUCUAGGUUUUUUUUCAUCUUACCUGUUCUACGAGGCUUUGGUAAACGGAGAGAACUUGAUAUGCCUCGAAGUUCAUAGUUUAUUAUUUCAGUUUUAUGCGUGAAAAGAUCUGUCAGUGAUUUGAACCCCAUUUUAUGCAGCAGCUUAAACAUUAAACAUUGCUUUUGCUUUUUUGAAGCAUGAAUUACGUAAUAUUUAAAACACGCGUAGGAAUGUUUUAUUAAAAUUACAGUGCGCAAAGUGAGCAUUUUAGAUAUGAUAAAACAGGAGUGUUUUGAAUAGCUUCAAACACGACUGCAAUAGAUGCCGUCGCAUUAGUAUUUUUUAUAUAAAGAAUACUAAUUAGGAUGGACUUACGAUGAGUGUUUGAAGUCAAUAAACAACCCAUUCAUCUCUUUUUCAGGUUGGACGUGGUGACUCUAGCACGGACACAGCUUCAGAAGGCGAACCCGAACCAACACCCGAACACUCCGUGAAGAAAGCAAGACAUAAACUGAAAAUUCCUUCAGGAAGAACCAGCCACAAAAAAGAGAAGCAAAGCACUACACACUUCCCGUCAGAUAUUAAAAUUGAGACAGAAAUCACAGGAAAUUUAGUAAACCAAUCCGUUUCUAUGCUUACACUUAUGAAAACAACUCCUACGGAAAACUUACCGGCAGACCAGAAACCCGGUAUUGAAUUUCCUCCGGUAAGAAUACGGGACACGAAAACUUCUGAAAACAAAACGACCGAGAGUGAACGUCCUGUUGGUGAAAUUUCCCCGGGAGGCACGGUUCAAAAUGACGGGGUAAAAUCUUCGGGGAGCAAUGUCGUAGGCGAAAGUAACUCCGAGAGCAAAGCACCGGAGGGGAAUAUAUCGGAGGGUAAUAAUGCCGGGGACAAACGUCCGGGGUCGGAGGGUCCUAAUGCCGGUGGGACAAAUGAGAAGUUGAAAGAAAGUGAUCAGUGCGUUGAAAUUCUCAUUGAUGUUGAGUCCGUUCCGAGCACAUCUGGUUUACAAGAUUGGGUAAUGACGGGAAAUGGUUCUGUCAGUUUAACUCAAGAAGCAGGAAGUUCUAAGAUUGAAUGUGGUGCACCGUCCGUUGUUUCAAAGUAUGAGAAGACCAAAACAGUUGACCUCACAGCAACGAAUCCUGUUGCCUUUGAAAGGAAGGGAACGUUGUUUACUGAAGGUAUUGGACUGACGGUAUAGUCUUGUAGUCAUAUCCAAAGGUCAACACUGUGUCUCAAAGUCUCUUUAACCAAAUUAUGCUUUGAUCCCAUGAUCUCACAGGUAAAAGGCGCUUGCUUUGACGAUGGCCUCACCAAAUUUCCGCGUUAUAUAAAGCUUGAAUGAGUUAUUAUUUCAAAUUUAACAUGAUAUUUACGCUUAAUUUUCUAGACUCUGGUCACUUUUCAGUAUUUCAUUCACUGCAGUCGACAACAUCUCCAUUGAAAAGUCCAACAGAGGCGAUGGAGAUGGCAAUGGAACUGGUAACUAAGGACGAUCCACCCGACGCGCAGGUUUGUACUCAGGCAUAACAUGUUUUUGUAGCGCUGUUUCAAAUCCUGAAUGCGCUCUUUCAAAUCCUACGUUCAAAUUUAAAUUUGAAUGUCGGCCUUUAAUAUUUUCGAAAAGUUUCGAAUUGUGUGUAAAAGGGAAGAAUUAAAGUCUUCUCGAAAUUUUGCUCGGUAAAAGUGCGUUUGUAAAUCUCUUCGAAUGAUAUUACUGAUGGAUUAUUAAUGAGUUUGAGAAUGUUGUAUUCAUGCCUCGAAAAAAGGUCCCAAACCUAGGACUUGUUUCAUGAAUUAUAAUUUCAUUCAAAAAACUGUUUUAUCUAGGAGUUAUACACACUUCUGGACACGAUUAACCAAGAGAUCAACAAAUUUCAGACGGUUGUUUCCGAGGAAACUGACAGAAGGCGAAAAUAUCGGGUAUAAGUGUUUUUAUUUACCGUUAUUUCAUAAGCGAGGUGGUCUUUGCUGGACCUCUGGGGAGAACAGUUUAGAUUGAUAGAGCUAUCCAGUAUAAUAAGGUCAGUUUAGUUUGGAUUUCCUACUGUAUAGUAACAUUGCACCAACACAGGGCCUCUUUUAACAUAUAGACUGGGGGGACAUGUUCUCCCACCCAGUCCUCUUACUAGCUCCUGCAGUCGGCAAUCCACACACCCCC